UAUGCUGUGAAUCAUCUGAACAGCAGGAUUCAUAUUGCCCUCCUCCUUGUUAUUGCUCAACAGAUUAGGACACGCUGGCUUUCAAAAGAUCCAUGAAAAGGAAAUUGCAACAUGUGCUCUAGUCUCCACAGAAGAGGAAGUACAAGCUGUGGAGGAAACGUAUGAACUCAGAUUGAAGUUAUUUUAAAGUAACAAGAUGAUUUUACAAGACUCUCAUGUGACCUGAGGAGGCUGUUACCUAUACGGAAGGGCUGGAAUAACAUUAGAUGGCCAUGGGCCUAACGUCUUGGAAACUGGGAAGCCUGCUGUUUUUCCUCGGGCUUCAUGGGAUCUGCUCAGGAUCUGAACAUGAGAUAUGUACCAACUACAAGCUCCAGUUUGAGAGGAUUUACUCUGUUCCGGGGGAUGUUGCUAUGUUGAAUAGCACCCUGGUGGCUCACGAUGUCUUCAACUACACCGUAGAGCCUUAUAACAUCACCUGGUAUGACUCAAAGACAGGCAAAGAACUGAGCAACCAGCCCGGUCGAAUCCUGCUGCAAGGAGAGACUCUGUGGUUUCUUAAUGUGACGCUGGAUGACAACGGGGAAUACAUCACCAUACUCAGGACUUCUUCCAGGUGCUACAGGCAAGCCACCAAGCUGGUAGUGGAUAAGCCAGUUGCUACAGAGUGUGGGAGGCCGCGGAAAGCGAAUCAAAUGAUUACAUUUGGAGUGACUGACCAUGUAUCCUGCCCUCUGAAAGACCACAUCAAGAAACUGGACAGCUACAACAUCACUCACUCUCUCACGUGGUACAAAGAUUGUGAGCCCAUCGUGAAUGGGGCAGGCAAAUGUAGCUACUGGGAUGAGACCAAACUGAAGAUUGACGGGGUGGACGUCCAGGACAACGGCUACUACACCUGCACUCUUACCUUCACCCUUGGUGGUGUCACAGGAUCUGUGUCAGAGACCAUAAAUACAUCAGUCAAAGAGGAGUAUUGUUUGGUUCCACAAGUGCAUGAACCAGCCAAUGAAAUCAUCAAGGCACCAAUAGGGUCCAAUUUCACCAAGAAGUGCCAGGUGUUUGUGCCAUCUGUCGGGAAGAAGGAGUGCAUGGUUGAUGUCCUUUGGGUGGUCAACAAAGAGUUCAUUGAAUCUGACAACUCUGAGCGUAUCUACACAUCAAAACAGCUAUUGCGGCAUCAGGAAGCUCCCACAAAAGGUGUAUGGUUGGAGUUGCUGCUGAUUAUUUCUGAGCUGCGGGAGGAGGAUUACGAAAUCAACUAUACCUGUCUUGCGUACAGUGACCGGGGUAUUCCUACAGGAUAUUUUUCUCUGUUACCACCAGAUCCCUGCUUCAUGAUUCCCAUUGGAUCUGCGCUGGGCAGUGUGAUAAUUCUCUUGAUCAGCAGUGUCAGCAUCUUCUACAUUUUCAAAAUUGACAUAGUGCUGUGGUUCAGACAAGCAUUUCCCAUCCUCUACACAAAUAAAGAUUUGGAUGGAAAGCUGUAUGAUGCCUAUGUGGCAUACCCACAACCCUGUGCAGUUGGGUUCAGCGAAGAAGUGGAGAUGUUUGCUCUUCACAUGCUACCUGAAGUGUUGGAAAAAGCCUGCGGUUACAAACUGUUCAUAGCAGGCCGUGACUGUCUGCCUGGGCAGGCUGUAGUCGACUCAGUGCACGAAAACAUACAAGCCAGCCGUCGCCUCCUCCUGCUCUACACCGCCUCUACUUUCAUCAGCAAGAGCCACACCAGCAGCGUCAGUAGCCAUAACAACAACAAUGUCUCCAAGAACAGCGACGGCAUCAACAACAACGAAAGCAAGACCGGCGACGUCAUCAACAGUGAGAGUUUCGACGACGGAGACUACUUCGAUACGAGGCAGCAGCUGGAGUGUCUGGAAGCAAUGUACAGAGCACUAAUGGAGGGAUCUCUCAAGGUGGUGCUAGUGGAGUUGGAAGAAAUUACCCCUGCUCAGCUGGCUCUCUUCCCAGAGUCAGUGCGUCAUCUGAGGAAGAAGCAGGGAGCCGUGUGCUGGUGGAAGAACCAGAGGACGAGGCAAAGGUGGAAGACUACGAGGAUAGAGGAUGAGGAGAAAGGAGGACAGGACGCAGAGCUGUCCCCAUCUGUCUCCCCUUCCUCCAGGUUUUGGAAGGAGAUGAAGUAUCAUAUGCCAGUGAGGGGCAAAAGGGUGGUGUACCCUGAGAAAACUGUAACCCCAGUGUAAAUGUGACAAGUGUUGGACCAGACAAUAGCUGGUUUAAGAUGGAAAUACGCAUAGAGGUGAAUCCUUCUAUCGCACAGGCAACACAAAAAUACACUUCUGUGAAUUUGUGUUGCGCUCUCUGAGUCAGGAUUACGGCACGGAUGCACUUCUGCACAUUUGCCCUUUGGCUAUAAUUGUGCUUUUUCAAGGAGUACAUUCACUGCAGCACAAAGGCUCAUCACUGUACCGCGCAGAGCAUUCACCGAAGUGCAAAGUAACUGAUCUCUAAAAGGAAGAAGAUGUUUGGCUCGCAGCAGUAAGUCACACCUGAUGUGCUGAUCAUCAAAGUGGCUGUCAUAAGCCUGCGUCUGUUUGAGCUGUCGACAUUUCCUGGAAAGUGGAGACUGAAGAACGACACGGACAAAAGGACUGAUUGCGUGUAACUGUAAAAUGCACACAUGUAGAAUGAAAAGUGUAAAUAUGUAGUACAGUUAAAACAUUCUGAACGCAAUGUUUCGUAGCUAAUACAACAAAAUAACGAAGGGUGCACAAGUGAAAGUCUUUUAACAAGUACAUGCACAGAAGUGAGUUGGUAACCUAUCCUUUCUCUCUGACUUAAGGACACAGUUGCUGAGAAGGAUGAUCAUAAAGUAUUCUACUCAUCCAGAGAGUCUUUCAAGCUCAGCAGUUUUCAAUAAUGUGAAAGUCAAGCAGCAAACUGAACAGAUGAGUAAAUGUAAAGAGUAGCUACCAAGGAAGGGAAAUGUGGGACAUGUUUCUAUUUCAUCCUGCUAGUGAUGGGCUCUGAAGGCAGAGCACCAACACCCAGAUCCAUUAAGCUCAGAUAUAAUAACCUGAUAAGAUUUGAGAAGGGAUUUGGUAUGUUUCAGAUUCUAUAAAUGGAUUUGGAUUUGAUUGAAUAGCAUCAAAGCACAGAGCUACAUCCUUUUGUGUUCAACACCUCUACAUCUGGAUAGACUAUACUGCACUAUAAUAGUCCACCACAUACUGGAUGUUGAGGAUGUAUAGUGAGUAAACUCUUUUAUUUGUGAUCCUUUGUACUUAAGCUUGACUGUUUUGUCAAUAAAUGGGAAAUUUUGGAUCUUC